UGGUGGGGGGGGGUUACAUCGUGCGCGCGUGGGCGGCGCGAGCUGAGCGCGGUCAUCGCGGUGCGAAGCCGAGCGCCCUCACGUCCCGGCCGGCGGGCGGCGCACACUUUUUAUUUUAGUGCGCCCCGGCGACUCGCUCCUUUCUGCCAUCUCUAUCGGCGCCGUCACUCUUCUUUUUCUUUCUCUCUCCCCCCUCUCCCCUUCCUCGUUACUCCCUUGCACCGCGCGAGCUUCCUCACGGACCGACGGGACGGAAGCCACGGACCCUCGGAGGAGUGAGAGACGCGGGCGACGGAGAUCUUCCCCCCCCCCCUCCUCACUCUACCCCGGCGCCGCGACCAUGAAGAACGGUGCCGAGCGAGACUCGCCGGGGCUGGAGCGCGUGGACCUGAGUCCUGGUUGUCGGCAAGUGCAGCUGUGGCACUUCAUCCUGGAGCUGCUGGGCAAGCGCGAGUUCCGGCACGUCAUCGCGUGGCAGGGCGACUGCGGCGAGUUUAUCAUCAAGAACCCCGAGGAGGUGGCACGGCUUUGGGGAGCGCGCAAGUGCAAGCCGCACAUGAACUACGACAAGCUGAGCCGCGCGCUGCGGUAUUACUACAACAAAAGGAUUCUGUACAAGACCAAGGGCAAGCGCUACACCUACAAGUUCAACGUCAACAAGCUGGUGCUCUCAAACUACGGCGGGGUGGAUGCGCGGAACAAGGUGGGCCCCGUCCCAGCCAGCGCCCCGCCUGUGCCGGCGAUCAUCAGCCACUUUUACUUCCCCCCGCUGGAAGGAGGCGGGGGUGAUGGUUCCGACCCGGGCCCCGGUCCGGCUCCACACCAACACCCGUUCCUGCCUCCCGGGGGGCCCGCCGACGACUCGGCCUCCACCAAGUGCUCUGUGAUCACCCGGGGGCCCCACGCCCACCCCGCGCGUGCCUACCCGCUGCUCUACCCCGGGGCCUCCCCCCUCGCCAGCCCCCAGCCUCCGUUCUCUCCCGGCUUCUCGCCCGCCAUCUCCCUCACCCCCAGCCACUUUAACUUCACCCCCUCGCCGUCCUGGAGCCCCGCGUUCGGCGGGCACACGCACUUCUCGUUCAACCCCGACGACAUGCGGAGGUACUUGGAGGCGCAGAGCCGCUCGGUGUACAACUACCACCUGAGCCCGCGCGUGCCGCUUCCCCGCCCGCACGCGCACCUGCGUCUCCGGGAUGACGACCUCCGUAUCCGGGAUGACGAACUCCGUAUCCACGACGACCUCCGUCUCGUGAGCAACGAGCGUCUCUACGGCGAUGACCUUCGCGCGCCGCGCGGCGGCGGCGGCGGCGGCGGCAACGGCGUCGGUGGCGACGACGCGCCCAGCGUCACCCUGAAGCUGCAGGCGCCCCCUCCGGGAAGGAAGGGCCGGCAGAGCGCGGGCGAGGACGAGCCACCGUGCGCGGACAACGCGUACAGAUGCUACGGCCACCGGCGUCCCGACGCGGACGCCUACCCGGCGAGCAACGGCCACCCCUCGGCGCUCCGCGUCAAGACGGAGACGGCGACCGAAGCGAAGGCGGAGGACGCCGACGACGUGGACAUGGACGCGGCGGACGACCGCCACGGCGCCGGCUUGGCGACGGGCGAACGGAAAUCCGCGUGGAGACCGAGGCAAGCCGAAGCUUACCCGGACGGGGGCCGGCAACGCUCGGAGCCCAGCUCCCCUCGCCCGUCGCCGCCCUCCCCCUACGGCACCCCCCCGCCCGCCGCGGCAUCGCGGCCGCCGACGCCGUCCCCCAACGCGCCCCUCCCGUCGUCCCUGGAGGCGCGCGACCCCCGCACGCCCCUCGGGAGCGCCACGAUGCCGCUGAAGCUGCGCUUCAAGCAGCGGUGGUGGAGCGAGCAGCGGGCGGAGGCGGAGGAAGCGGGCCGGGGUGGCGCCAGGGCCGACGCGGCGUUCGACACGGGCAAGCUGCGCCUCACCCUGCCCGACUCGCCGCUCGCGCUCAAGUGAAGGGACGUCCGUCCCGUCGUGAAGCCGUUAGCUCCGCAUCGCAGCGCACAGUACAAUCAGACUCAAACGUCGGGCACAGCCGGGUCUUGACACUGAAAAACAUCCGCUCCGAUUUUGGUAACUGUGUCAGGUGUUGGGGAAUGCAGGAUUUUUUUCUCUCACGUUUAACGAGUAAUGUAACACAUUGACAGGGUUUUAAUUGUGCUGAGGAGUGCCCUGUGGAACAACAGGGCACUUGCACUGAUGGACAACACUGGCCGACCUCACUGGGACAGAAAUGCAUGUUGACGAACAUGUUGAUUGAUUGAAUGUUAUAGUAGCAGAACAAACAUUUCACGUGCUUUCAAUGCAAGCUACACUCAAGUUUGUGAUUUGGCUACAGGGAAGCUCAUACUUUGCAGCCAGCCUGUCUGCUAAUCAGGCAGCCUUUCCACUAUCCUGUCAGCCUCUCUGCUAACCAGCCAGUUAUUUUGAUAACCAUCCAGCCUGUCAAGUAACCAGCCAACCAGUCCACAAAACAGAAAGUCAGUCUGCUAACCAGCCAGUGAUUCGCCAGCCAGUUAGCCUACUAACCAACAAACCAGUCUGAUAACCACGCAGUCAGUCCACUAACCAGCAAACCAGUCUCAUAACCAGGCAGUCAGUCCACUAACCAGCAAACCAGUCUCAUAACCAGCCUGCCAAUGUAUCAGGCAAUAACAUUAGCCACGUGUUUACACGGCCAGACCCAUUAGGCCAAUUAAGCACCCAUCCGCCUCCUACAUUAACUAUUCAUCCAGAAACACACGUGGGUGUGCCAGAGCAUGUUCACGGCAUGCUCCAUGUAACAAGCGUCCGGUAAUACGUCUCUGUCAGGCCUCUCCUUGGACCACACAACGAUGCCGGGUAAACACCCCAGCCAGUUAAUUGAAGGCUGCUAUAAGCACGCACGUCAUGCCUUAACGUUUGUUUUUUAGCACCGUAGUGUGGCGAUUUCUUACGUAUACUAGAGGUGGGAUGGUCGUCAGAUUUACCAAAGUCCACUUCGUAGGCCAACCAAUCAAAUCAUCCUCGAAAAAAAUCCCGAAAGGACCAUUUGAUCCAAAAGUUAUGCAAUCGCUAAUUCGUCACACUUUUUGAAUACGUGACGAGGCCAAACGAGCCACAUUGCAUUGCUCCACCCCAACCCCACCCCCGAUGUAUCGUCCCACCCCUAGCCGUGCGCUCGUCAUGGUGCUGCUGCUGCUGCCCUACAUGCAGUGGAGGAGGGGGACGUCUGCUUUAGCUGUAAAGCUGUUUAUACUAUGUGCAAUACGACACGCGCGUGUGCCCGCCCUGCCCAGCUCCGUUAACGCUUUCAUUCUGCUUUGUGUUGGAUGGUUUUUAAAUAUUCUUUGUAUUACGUGGUAUAGAUUCGAGUCGCUUUUGUUGUUAAUUGAGUGGCGAAUUUGAGUAGUUAUUUUUCUCCCGAGGGGCAGGAUGUGAUGAACGUUGCGCAUGCUGCCGCUAAUGCCUUACGUAACUCCACAGUAGGAACACUGCUCACUAAACAUUUCUAUGCUUUGUAUCGCCUAUUGAAUCUGUCGUGUAACUGGCAUAACCAAUGUUUUUACGACAUUUUUUUAGUUUAUCGGUUUAUAAGUUGUAUAGGUGGUGGAGCUUUUUGUUGUUGUUCGGUUUUGUGAUUAUGUAAUCAUGUGGGAGGUUUUUAUUUUUGGGCCAGCCUCCAAGCUCACAGAGAUUGGAAAGUGCAGCAGAUGCGGGAAUAAUGCCCCUACUGUUGUGCCCGACUCGCGUACAGUGUGUGUGUGUGAGGAAGCUCUUUAUGGAACAUAACUGAGGCCCUUUUGUUUGACAGUGGGGUGGAGCCCCCCGGGUUGGUGAGACCCCAUUUGGAGGGCCGUGCCAACAGUCGGGGAGAGGGGGGGCGUUGGGGUUUAAAGAGUCGGGUGUACGAUGGUAAACGCUUUGGGUGCAGCAGCAGUUUGAACGGCUGACUUCGUCGUAUUUGGCUCCUGUAAACCCAGUGAUGACUAUUGACGAUGAUUGCGAAGCGUGUACAUUAUAUUAAAACUCGCAAGUUUGUCAAUGUACGUACACGGUGCAAGGUAUGUAUUUUGUUUUAAAGCAUUACCUUUUUUUUCCGAAAACAAUGGAAACAUAAAUGUGCACAUUUCCUAAGAGUUUACAUUUAAAAAAAAAACUAGGGCACAGAUUUUUAUUACAUCUAUUUUGUAAUAAAGUAAAUGGUUUUUCUUUGGAUUUGUAAUGAAAUAUAGCAUGCUUGAUCUUUUGGAUAUAUUUGGGUAGAAAAUCAAGGUUUACCUUGAAAAUCUUAAUUCUUAAGACAGAGUUGCAGCCCUUGCAAUGACCUGCUCACACCCACUGCUGCCACCAGAGGGAGCUCGUGAGAGCUCAAUCUACUCUCGGGACGGCUUCCACGCGAGCCGGGCAUCUUCGAAGAAGCAAGAGUCACCCACACUUUACCCCAACGCAUGCAAACCUCCCUGUCGCAAUAACUGCGGCAUACCCAUUUAUACUGUUGGGUAGACAGAGGCGGGGUGGGGGGCGGACAGUUUUAGAAAUUCUCUCUGUGUCUCUAUUUAAACUGCCACGCCGGGAGAGCGACAGUCCAGCGCACUCAACCAUUAUAUCGCAGCAGCAGCAACAGCGUCCACGUGUGUUAUGGCAUCAGUUUGUAAAUUACGGAGUGAUGCCGUUUGGGGCAAUAAUUGGUAACCCCGUUACAGCAGGGAUGUUGAAAGCCGUUGAGCUGGGGGGGGGGGGGGGCACUUAGGCCAGCUUGGUAAUUUGGUGGCCUUCGUCUGCUGAGGCGCGGGGUUGUUGGUAGUUGACGGCCACGGUGGGAGUGGAAUUUAGCCGUCUGUAGUUGGGGGAAGCGUGGAACCAACAGCUCACAGAGUGGGUGUACUGACGGGCCAACUCGCCGCAGUGGCGAGAUGUUAACUCCCUCGACUGAUAUGUAGGAGGUCGUGGGUUUGAUUGCGACGCUGACGCCUGCUGUAUAUUUGGAGUUUGCGUGUCUCCUCAUGGUCACGUGGAUUUUUUCUCUGGGUCCUCUGUUUUUUUGCCUCCACAUUGGAAAACACGCGUUUAGAGUAUUUGGCUGCGAUAAAUGUCCACGUGAUGACAAGCCACUUCAUUAAGCUUUAUAACUCCGUGGGUUUCACCUGGUAAAAUGAAAACAUUGUUUGACAGUUUAGUUUAAACUACAACUUGUCCAUCCAGACUCCCCCUCCCACACACCCUGUGAGCUACCCCACCUGCUGUAUUGCUCUCAAGUUCCAAAGUGUGUUCUGUUGAACCGGGUGAGAACUCCAGAGACCAGGAUUGGGGACAUUUGCAAAGAGUCACCUGGGUCGCCAAACUCGGCACAAGCGAAACAAAAACAAAGUUACAGCGAUGAAGCGAAUCAAUCCGAGCAAAAAAAAAAUAGUCAACUAUCACGUGAGGAAUCGAAGAUGUUGCAAACACCCAUGAACCACCGGUCUCUUGUGACUCUCAAGGUGGCAUUUGACACCCACGGCUGAAGCACCCUGAGCAGACGUAAUGCGCAACCCUCGUGUCAAUCCACUGCUGGAUGAGGGCCCUGCCCCACACCAUGCGGGUCGUUGGGGUUUCUUUGACCGUACCUCGCAUGCUGAGUACAUGGACGUUGGUUCAUAGUACAGCACAACCAUGUAUGUUGAUGCACUGGCCACCAUGAAGCUCUUGCCAUCUCUAUGAUAAUAAAUAAAAAUGCGUGCUUAAGUGGUCACCCAUCCAAGCACUCUCCAGACUCAACGCUGCUGAGCUUUCAAGCCCGAACAAACGAGAUUGGCUGCAUACCAGAUUAUUUGAUCAUACGCUGUUUAAAGGUACAUGAUAUUGUUUUAACUAUUUUUUUCUCCGCUGAUAUGGUCAUCGUGUGUGGUGUAUGUUCAGAUGUCACAAAAUGAGAAUUUUUUGUCAUUUGACCAUUAGCACAGGGCUUCGGUGACGUCUGUCGUGUCUCGUGUUCAAAAUGAGAUCCGCGGUCUUGUGUUAUGGCCCAAGUUAACUUUUGGUGUGAACACACGAGUAUGUAAAGUAUUGUUUUGAUUAACUUAAAUUAACAUUCGGCAAUUUGUUGUUUAAAAAAAUGUAUCAUGGUAUCUGUUUUAAGUUUUUUUUUAUUAAAACAAAAGGUGGGAAAGAUGUUGGCCACUUUCCACA